CUGAGGGAGAAACAUUGAAUGAAGUAGAGAAGAGGGCGAACGAAGACCUGAAGAAUGUCCGAAAUUGGCUAUCUGCAAAUAAACAUAAUUUAAAUAUCGCCAAAACUGAGUACGUUCUGAUUGGAUCACAAUAUAGGGUAAAUGGUUUGGAUGUUCAACCAUCAAUCAAUAUUGAUAAACAAUCGGUCAAAAGAGUCAAACAUACCAAAGUGCUCGGAGUCCAAAUUGACGAGCAUUUAAACUGGGGAAAGCAUAUUGAAUCCAUCGCUA